CUAGACGUACACUAAACAAAGUACAACUAAAUAUAUAAAUGUAUAUUAUAAUGCUCAUGGGACGACUUUAUUAUGCAGCAAAAAUAAAGCUUUCUGUAAGUAAAUAACGUACGGUAAUGUUCCGUUUUUCAAGCUAAACAGAGAAAAGAUUGAGGGAAGAAUGCUAAGCGUCUUAAGUUUGUAAUUAAAAGGUACCUCUGCAGGCUAAAACACGAUAUUACUUGAGGUCAAUAGCAAACGUGUUUUAAAUGUGUAGACAUUUUCAUUGUUAUAAUUUUGAAAUUGAUGUGUUUUGAUUGUUUAUCUUCCGAUAAAAUCACAUCAACUGUUUUAUCAAUAAAACAGAAAGAGGAAGCGGUCUACUAUAUAAGCAUCACCUCAGCUGUGACAAGCUACAGAUGCGGAACAUCCAAUUUCUAUUAAAACGCAUAUGACUCACAGCAGCGUGUUUAAAACAUUUUUCAAACUAGCUUACACAAAUACUGAAUAUAUUUAGUGGAAAAAAACAAAUUUGAUUGAAAUUUAUAUUUUUUGAGAAUUGUGAGUGUUUGAGUGACUCUAUGGAGGUUUCGAUCAUUAGUUGCAGCAAACCAUUUGCUUUUAUAUGGACUGCAUUACUGCUGUCCUCCGUUGUUGGAUACAGGCCAGUUAUUAUUGUUCACGGGAUUUUAGAUGGACCAAGACAGUUCGAGAUUUUGGCGAGAUUUAUCAAUGAGUCUCAUCCAGGUACCAAUGUGACCACAUUUGCUUUGUAUGACUACAUUGCCAGUUUGAAACCACUGUGGCAACAGGUUGAAGAUUUCAGACAGGCCAUCAAUUCCAUCAUGAAGAGAGCAGAUGGUGUCCAUCUCAUCUGCUUUUCACAAGGUGGAUUGAUAUGUCGUGGAGUUCUUGCAACUCUUCCCAAACACAACGUCCACUCUCUGAUAUUCCUGGCUUCACCACUAGCUGGCCAGUACGGAGAUUCUCAUUAUCUGAGGUAUUUUUUCCCUAAGUUUAUCAAGACAAGGCUGUACCAUAUUUGUUACACAGGAUGGGGACAAAAGGUAUCCGUCUGCAACUACUGGAAUGACCCACACCAAAGAGAGAGAUAUCUACAGAGCAGCAACUAUCUUGCCCCACUGAAUGGUGAAAUCGAGCAUGUCAAUUUAACAGCGUGGCGAGACAGCUUCCUACGCAUACAUAUACUGGUGCUGAUUGGUGGAAACGAUGAUGGUGUUAUUACGCCAUGGCAAUCAAGUAUUUUUGGAUUUUACGACAGUGAUGAAACUGUGGUUGAGAUGGAAAACCAGGACUAUUACCGAAAAGAUGCUUUCGGCCUGAAAACACUGGAUUCAAGAGGAGCCGUGGUGAAGUGUGUCGUUCCCGGUGUACAGCAUACAUCCUGGCAUUCAAACCUCACGGUCUACCAGACCUGCAUUGACAAAUGGCUUACAUAAUCCGCAGAGAACAACAGUUUUCUUGAUCACGUGACUGUGUGUGUUUAGCUUGCCUUAGUAUUACACAAUCCUGUUUUUAAUCAAAAUCAUUGCUUGUAUGGAUCUUAAGUAUUGUUAUAUACUGUCAUUCCCUUUGAUUUGCAUACAGAAUGUCAUUUGUUAUGAACCAUUUAUGCUAUAAAGGAUUUUCUUAGAGGUGCUAUUGGA